AUGACUCGCUGUAGUGACAAUGAUGAGGAGACUGAUGACAGCACAGAGAAAGCCAACAAAAACCAGAGGAAGAGAAGUAAAGGAGAAAAGCAUGUGUCUUUUCCCCCUGAUGAACAGAUAGUGUCAGGCUUUGCUGAACACAGGACCACUGACAGAAAUGCUGACAGCUGCCUCACCUUGACAGAGGUAAUGGUGGCCUACCAGCAGAGCUGCAGCAGACACCAGGUCCAACCCAGAGAGCACAUCCUGCAGCAGCUCCAGCAGGGUGUGUGUGUAGGUGGCAGCAUGGAAUGUCUGGAUCUCAAAGGUGAGCGAUUAGACCACCGCUCCUGUGAAGCUCUGGAAGUCGUCCUGAAAUCGCUGCACUUUGAUUUCAUCAAUCUGCAGGCAGCCCAACUGGAAGAAAAUGGAGCAUCGUCCUUGCUGGAUAUGAUUUUAUACUAUGAAUCUACAACACAUCUUGACAUUUCUGACAACAGCAGUAUGGGAACAUCGGGUUGGAGGGCCCUUGCUCAUUUGAUAAAGCAGAGUGUGCGACUGUCCAGACUGGAUGUAUGUAAUGUGCCUGUGGUUGACUAUCCCGCCCAGUCUCUAUCUAAAGCUCUGCUGACCAGCCGGCUCACAGUGCUACACCUUCACAAUGCCCAGCUCAGCGGCAUGCCUCUAUACACACUAGCUGGUACACUGAAGACAAACAGAGCUUUGAAAGAGCUUCACCUUACCAACAACCUGUUGAAUAGCUACCAGGAUGCCUUGCAGCUGGGAGACCUGCUACGAUACAACACUACUUUGCAGACACUGGAGCUUAGCAACAAUGCUAUAGCAGAUGCUGGCUUGGAAGAACUCUGUGAUGGUCUGAGGUGGCAGACAGCAGGUCUGAAGGUCUUACUGCUGAGGGACAACCAGAUCACUGUAAAAGGCAUGGAUCAUCUGGCCAAGGCUCUGCCAGUGCUGAAGGUCCUGCAGGUCCUGGAUUUGGGGGAGAACCACCUGGGUAACAAAGGGAUUCAGGUCAUCAGGGAGCCUCUGAUGGUGAACUGCUCAGUGCUGCAGCUUGGCCUGGCCCAAGCAAACAUCACCUGUGAAGGUGCUGUGGCACUGGCUGAGUUCCUCGCAGAGAGCCGUCAGAUUCAGAGACUGGACCUCCGUCAGAACGACGUGAAGGUCGGAGGCCUGAUGGCCCUCAGUCUGGCCCUUCGAAUCAACCGCUCUCUGGCCAGUCUGGAUGUGGACCACACACCCUCACAGGAGCAGGAUGAGUUUCUGAAGGAGACUCAGACAAGACUUCAGACGGAGAUCACACAGCGCUGCCUUGCCAAUGCCAGCAGCUCCGGCCGAGCUACAGAAACCUCUGAGGCCGCAACUGCCAAGGCCGACCGACGGGCCGACAGCAUGACUACAGCCUGA